GCUAGCGCCAUCUCUGUGUCUGGGAGCGCUACAUCACGGCCGCGCGAUCAGCUGUUUCCAUGGCGCAUGCGCAUUCUCGCUUUGUGACAGAAUGUGCCCGCGCCGUCCGAGUUUGCGCGCGCUUUUUCUCGCUCUGUGCGCUGUUUGACUGCAUUUACGGCAUGACGUUAACUCGCCCUCACAGCCAGAAUAUCGCACUCAUAUUGCUAGUGCGUCGGCUACGCAAAAAACGGAAGCGGACCAUGUACAUACGAGAGCUUUUUGACAAGCGCCCUCAACUCGGCGACUACCACCAGCUGGUGCAGGAGCUCCGCCAAGUGGACCCUGAGUACCACUUUAAGUAUUUCAGAAUGACCAAAGCGAAGUUCGAUCACCUGUUGAGCUUAGUGUACGAGAGAAUACUGCAUGCGCCUAACCACAGGAGACCGAUACGCCCUGCGGAAAGGCUGGCAGUGACUUUAAGGUUUCUGGCAACAGGUGCCUCAAUGCAAGACAUCGCAAUGAGCUACUGUAUGCACGCUACAGCGGUUGCUGGAAUUUUAAAAGAAACGCUACCGGCGAUAUGGGACUGCCUAUCGCCGCUCGUCCUGAAGCCCCCAGCAGCUGCUGAUUGGGUCAAAAUUCGCCGGGCAUAUAGCUCAAAGUGGAAUUUUCCAAAUGUAGUCGGAAGCAUAGAUGGCAAGCACUUUGCAAUUCAGUGCCCUGAUAACAGCGGGUCAGAUUAUUUCAACUAUAAAGGCUUCUACUCCAUUGUUCUGCUUGCCGUGGCUGAUGCAGACUACCGGUUUACUCUUGUCGAAGUCGGGGCACAAGGAAGGACUUCAGAUGGUGCUUUCUUUAAUGACAGCUCUAUUAGAGAAGUUUUUGAGCAUGGAAGUUUGGAGCUCCCUACAGCAGUCAAUGGGUGGCCAGUUUUUAUGGCUGGCCAAAUGCUGGCACAGGCUGCCUCAUCAAUUGUGCCAUCAUGGCUUGGGUUCCUUGAGGGAAUGAUGCCGUAA